AUCAUCUCUCUCGACGGAGUACUAUCGCUUAUGCCAGCAUAUGCAUACAUCUACUUAGUUUUAAUAUAAUAGAUCCCAGCGUGGUUUUCUUUUAGCGUGCGCUUUGCCUUGGCUUGUCGCUAUGGCCCGAUCGCUGGAUCCUAGCAGAGCUGCUUGGCUGUAUCCUCUUCGCGGUGUGUAUUAUUUCGCGUCGCAUCGCUUCCUUUGGCCCUUGUUCAAGACUCGUCUAAUUCCGAUCGUUUUGCUUUCGGCGUUUAUCUACGUGCUUCUGUUCCUCUUUACCUACUUGCCCCAGGUCGCUUUUCUUUCUAUCUUUCAAGGCCGUGGUGCUUGGGUCAAUGGAGCGGUCCUGGUCUUAGGAGAAGGUGCUGCAAUCGUGGCCGCACUCUUUGAGGCAUUCUUUGUUGAUGAAACCCUGGUGGAUAUCUUCGAUGCCGUCCUAGUGAAUGAGGGACACGGGGAACUGGUCACCACUUCGCGGGUCCUAUAUCCGCAAGGCGAUGAUGUCGUCAAACGGUUGGGCAAGCCGAUCCAUAGUGCCGUCUAUGCACCAUUCUCCCUGCGACAGAUCGUGGAGUUUGUUGUCCUCCUCCCUCUAAACUUUAUUCCUGUGGCCGGGACACCCAUGUUUCUUCUGCUCACUGGCUAUCGAGCGGGUCCGUUUCACCACUGGCGUUACUUCCAACUGUUAGAUCUUUCAAAGCAGCAGAGAAAAGAGAAAAUCCGCCGUCGCCAAUUGCAGUAUACUACGUUUGGAACGGUUGCUCUGAUCCUUCAGCUGGUCCCGCCCUUGUCUAUGUUUUUCUUGAUGUCGACUGCUGUUGGUUCAGCACUCUGGGCUGUGGAUCUAGAGAACAAGCGCGAUCUGAUAGGAAGAGCGAGACGUGAUGAAGUGGACGAGUAUCAUGACGGCGAUACGAUAUAAACCUGUUUUGGCUAUAAUUGUUUCUUUUCUUUUUUGUUCUAGAUGUUUCAUCUUGUCUUGCCUUUCCUUUUUUUGUCCGCCAUACGGGGAC